GAAAGAUUGUUUUUCAUUUCAUGGGUUUUAUAAAUAAAAUAAAGAUUGUUUAAGUGCAUCGGCGGCUUUAAUUUUCAUCCCACAACUUUUGGGGGCUCGUCCGGGAUGGAAAUAGGCCAAAGGUGCUGAAGAUGUAUAUUAUGAAGGUGUAAAUAGUGUAAAUAAGAAGGCGUGUUCGUGAAGCGAUUCUCACACGUAAAAGAUGGCGGCGCGCACUAAAGCGAAAUUAUGGUGAAAAUUCAAAAUUAAUAAAGGUGAACAAAUAGAAGGUGAUAAUGAUGUAGAUACGGUGAAGGUGAAAAACAAAGGGUGUAAAAUUUAUUACUAAGACGAUAUGAUGAUGACGGCGGCCCAACCCUCGUUGGUCAGCAUUGAGGCGACAAUCCCACGGUUCUCGGGAGCGGACCCGACGUACCCGGCGGCAAGGUGGGUGGAGGAGAUCAGUGACAAUGCGGAGGUAUUCGGCUGGUCACCUUCACAAAAGCUGCUGAUGGCGCGACGGGCAUUGACUGGUGUGGCAGGUCUGUGGCUCCGCACGGAGAAUACAUUCAAGAGCUUCGACGAGCUGCAGCGGGCUCUGCUGGAGGAGUUUCCCUACGAUGCCAACCCGAAGGUGAUCCACGAGCUCAUGACUAACCGCAAGAAGAAGCGCGACGAGAGCUGCUAUGAGUACAUGCUGGUGAUGAAGGAGCUGGGGAAGCGCGGUGGAUUUGAAGACUACGUGGCCAUACAAUAUAUAGUCGAUGGUAUCGAAGACUGUGUGAUACACAAAGCCAUGCUGUAUGGUAUCACCACAUAUCCGGACCUGAAGGAAAAGCUGAAAAUUUACGAAUAUAUGAAAAGAAAGAUGGAGAUGAGUGCACGAACGAGAAGAGGCGAACGACCGAUAGACGACGUGUCGGUAAAGCAGGACCCUGAACAGCAACAGAGAAACGGAUGCGGCGACAAGUCGGCGGUGUCGGUAAAACAGCACUGGUUUGAAGUCGGGAUGGACGAGGCCAACAAACGGAGUAAUGAUUAUUCGAAGGAAAAGAAAGUGACAGCCAUAAACACGAAGGAGAACGAAACGAUAGCCAUAGAAACAAAGACGAACGAAGUGACAUCCAUGAAACGUAAACCGGAAGUUGUAAAUGUUGUAAAUAAACAAGUUUUAGAAAAUAAAAAGGAGGAACUUGGCAAAGAGGCGCCAAUCGAGCGCAUAUGUAUUAAGGAGGAAAAUAUUCGUAAACAAAAAGUUGAAAAGGUGGUUGGAAAAGAGAGUUGUCCAGGUGAAUUUGCUAAGAAGAAGGAUGGCACAAAAAGGAGAUAUAUCGAUAAUAAGAGGGCGUUUAAAAGAAGAUGUGUAGAAAAAGAUACACAGUACCAAGAUGGUUUGAUGGAGAAUGAAAUAUGUUACAAAAUAAAUAAGGAGAAAACUAUGGAGAAAGAAAUCGUGAAGAGGGUAUACAAGGAUGGUAAUUUCUCUGAGAGGAUUAUAAAAGAAGAAAGGAAGAAAGAUUACCAUGUACUACGCUGAGUACAUGAAGUCAUUGCCUAGAUGGGACACUGAGGAAGGUGUAGGUGAUUUUUAUAAGUUUUUAUUUGUGUGAUGAUGAAUGAGUGACAAAGAAUGAGUGUGUUUUUAAUUGAGUAGGCAGGGUUAAUUUUAUGUUUUUUUUGUAUGUUAAAUGUACAGGAUGAUGUUUAUUGUUUAUUGAUGCUUAUUGUAUAUUGAUGAAAUGUUUACCUAAAUAUUCCAUGGUUGUAUUAAGAAUUUUGGUUCUGAAGUUUAUAUUGUGUCAAUAAUUAAGUGUAAUUUUCUGAAAGUUGCAGAUUUAAUAUUUUUAUGUUACAGUUCAAAAUGUUGUUUAAAUGUAGAUUCAGUAAAGAUUUAUGUCGAUUGUUUUUUAUAUGUUUUUCAUAGUCUGAGGGCAGACUAUCUGCAGGAUGGCCGAGCUGUAGGAUUUAUAAUAUUUCAAUGAUAUUUCAGAACGAAUUAUAGAAUUAUUACUUGUCUAUGAUGUUAACUUUUUUAUGGGUUCUCUUGAAAAUAUGGCGCUUAGGACGAAAGAUUGUUUUUCAUUUCAUGGGUUUUAUAAAUAAAAUAAAGAUUGUUUAAGUGCA